AUGUCAGAGAACUUGCUGGAAAAUGAGCAAUUCAAAAAAAUUCAAAAGCUCAAUUCGGUGGAAAAUAGGCGGCAGUCCAUCAUUGUAGAUGAUAUUGGACACGAUGAUCAGUUCGAGCUCAGCGAUGAUCAGUAUCGUGAUCAGCCUGCUGAGGAAGACUUGCACGGAGCUAAAAUAGGUGCAAAUGAGGGCGAAUUCGUGACAAUUGGUGAUAAUUUAUAUUCUGGUACCAAGGAUGUGAAUGAUCUACCCCUAGAGUCUACGGAAGCCGCAGUGGUGGUGGAUGAUUCCGCGCAGUCUGUUGUAGCAAAGACAUCCGAAAAAAAUGGUGAUGAGCUUAUCGCAGAGCCGCAUUUCGAAAUCCAUUUGAAGCAGUUGCACAGCAAGGAGAAACUACGGUUUCGUCGUCACUCCAACCAGAAGAUCUCGUAUUUCGGCGAUGUUGCGUUUGACUGUAGACCGAGUGUCAUCGACGGCACCAUCAGUGAACAGAUUAGAACUAAAUUUGAAGGUCCGACGCUGGAGAAGCAGAUAAAAGAGGCCAAGACGAGAAGGGGCAAUCCCGGAGCGGAUGGGGCCUUUAUCGAAACGGAAACUUUGCAUCCAAGCUUUACGGGGUUUUACAUCCUAUUCUGGAUGGCUGUUGCAUUCAGUUGCGUCAAGGUUUUCGUGAACUACUACCGUGAACAUGAUGGAAAUCUACGUGAUUCUGAGAUUUUGAAGUUUAUGACCACAGAUCUCGUCACCGUCGCAUGGGUCGAUCUUCUAAUGUAUUUGAGCACAUACUUUGUCUUUGGUAUUCAUUGGCUCUGCAGGAGAAAUUUUAUGAAGUGGUCCAGUACGGGAUUUGCCUUGACCUCGAUUUACGAGUUUGGGUUCGUCAUCUUUUACAUGUUACUGACUGAAAACGUUCUCAAGCUUCAUUGGGUUGCAAAGAUUUUCUUGUUUUUACAUUCCUUAGUUUUGCUAAUGAAGAUGCAUUCCUUCGCUUUCUACAACGGUUACCUGUGGAAUAUAUCCGAUGAAUUGAAAUUCUCCAAAAAUGCCCUGGCCAAAUAUAAGGAUACGGCUGGUUCAAGUGUCAUCGCUACUCUUGAAAGAAGCAGAGAUUUCUGUAGCUCUGAACUUGAGUCCCAGUCAAGCACGGAACCUUUUCCUCAAAAUAUUAAUCUCAAAAAUUACUUCGUGUACACAAUGUUUCCAACAUUGGUUUAUCAAAUCAAGUAUCCCAGAACUAAAAGAGUUAGAUGGGACUAUGUGUUUGAAAAACUAUGCGCCAUCUUUGGCACUAUAUUCGUCAUGAUGCUCUUGGCCCAAACCUACAUGUAUCCGCUGGCUAUCAAGGCUAUCUCCAUUAGAGACUCACCAUGGACAUCAUUGGUCGAUAAACUGCAGGCGUGGUGCUUUAUCCUGGUCGAUUACAUUCCAGCUUUCAUCGCCAUGUAUCUCCUAACCUUCUACCUAAUUUGGGACGCUAUCUUAAACUGCAUUGCAGAGUUGACACGUUUCGGUGACAGAUACUUUUACGGUGACUGGUGGAACUGUGUGUCUUGGGAUGAAUUCAGUCGUCUCUGGAAUGUCCCAGUCCAUAAGUUCCUGUUGAGACAUGUUUAUCACAGUUCGAUGAGUGCCUUGCAAUUGAAUAAGAACCAGGCGACUCUAAUGACAUUUUUCUUGAGCGCCAUCGUUCACGAAUUAGCAAUGUACGUUCUAUUCAAGAGGCUAAGAGUUUACUUGUUUUUCUUUCAAAUGAACCAAUUGCCCUUGGUUGCGUUGAGUAACUCGAGGUUUUUGAGGAAGAGAACCGUUCUCGGUAACGUGCUUUUCUGGAUCGGUAUUUGUACUGGUCCAAGCAUGUUAUGUUCUUUGUAUCUAACUAUUUAA